AACCGCACUCAUUAUUGACAAUUACUGUUGUAGAAUUUACAUAUCUGCGAUUGCAUGUAUUUUUACACAUCUAUGUACUGUUAUAACGUAAAUGAUGGCACUGGGCACUUUGCUUUUUAAUUGAAUCGUAGUCAUAUUAUACGUGCAUUUUGGACAAACCUUCUUAAGUAUUUUCCGUUGGAUUUUUCUCGAAAGCCAGUUUAUAGUUUUUCCCGCUAUGGACGCCACUAUCCGCAUAACCGAUGUUGAGAAAAGGACAAAUCCCAAGAAGACCAUACUGUCGUGGGUUCGCAACACAUCUGGGCGCCUCUGCGCCGUUUUCCAAGAAUGGAAUUGUGUUAUUCUUCUGAGUUUUGUCGCAUUCCUGUUGGCUACUCUGUCAGUUUUAAGAUUCUACGUACUAAUUCCCUUUUUUAAAAAGUAUUAUAUGUCAUCGCCAGGAUGGAAUGGCGAACUGCCGCAUUCGGCAGUGGACUGGUGUGUCCUGGUGUUGUUAUUUGCGAUACCUGGAAUUAUUGCUUUACUAACCUAUACAGCCUGGCCUCUGGGGAGUUCCAUUGCAAUGAUCAAGUGCGCCGUUCAAACCCAGCGCUGGCUACGUGCCGCAUCUUCGGGCCACGACCUUUCGCCAUCAGACAUGGGCCACGUAACCAAGUGCUAUCACGCGACGUCGAAAUUCUUUGGACGUUUCCGAGCCACCAUGGUAGUUGUAUACACGAUGUUUCCCGCGGUGCACUUGUUCUUCGUAGGGUAUUUGAAUACAAUUUUCUAUUAUGACGAUGGUUCGGAGUCUGCGCGGAAGUGCGACAUCACGCCAUCCCUGCACUAUCUGAUACCCGCCAUCUGGAUCGAACCACUGCACGUUCUGUUGACAAACUGCGGUCUAUAUUUGUCAUAUACCUGGCAGAAGGGGAUAUUGCAUUCCUGGUACAUUCAAUGGACUGCCGCCAAUAAUACGACACCGGACAUACAGGGUCCGUUAUCCGGUUUCAAGGCUUAUGAAGCUAAACUAAAGCUGCUCGAAUACAAUGGUUAA